AUGCCAGCAAACGCACGGGUGACAGUUUGCUACGGACCUUAUGAAUCAAAUGGAGUCGUAAAGCACAGGACGUCCCGCCUGCAGGGUCUCCAGGCAGCGCUCAGAGCGCGCGGGCACCAGUGUGUCUGGGAAGAAACGCGCCAGCGGAACAUGGUGGAGCUCGUGGUCAACGGGGAGACCGUCUUCACCUGUAAUAUCAAGCAGCUGGAGUUCGGUGGAGAUGGUAAACUGGACCCUGUUUGCAAAGAAGCUGUUGCUGCUGUGGAGAAUGCCCACUGAAGAUAACAGAAAGCCACUCAGCUUUUAA